AUGAUCAAUGGGGCUGCUGCAGCUCUAGCCAACCGCGGCGCGGCGACCUGCGAGGCGAGUGCCAAGGCCGUUGCCUCCACCUCUGCUUCGGCGAUCACCUCUGGACAGGGUAGCAGCGUGUCUGCCUCUGCCACGGCCACAGCCACCGCCAUCGCUGAGGCCGUCGCCACCGCCAUGGCCUCAGCCGUCGCCCAGGCAUCAUGCUGCGGCGGCAGUAGCGCUGUGAAGGCUGCGGCGCAGUCCAUCGCCACCGAGACCAAGAGCGCCAUCGCCAAGGCGGUGUCUGACUCUUCCGCAUCCGCCAGCAACGGUGGCACCAGCCAGGCCUCGGCUGUCUCGGAGGCUGUGGCGUCCGUCACCGCCACUGCCCUGGCAAAGGCCCUGGCCACCGUCUCCGGCUGCACAGCGUCUGCGGACACCUCUGCCACCGCCACCGUGACCACCGGCUCCCAGGGCAGCACCCCCAGCUCGGGGGGGUCGGCCGGCAGCAACACCGGCGCGUCUGCCAGUGGCAACGGCGCCGCGUCCGCCAGCGGCAUGGCCGGCGCAUCCACGGGCUCCGCCUUUACCCCCAUGCCCUCCGUCAUCACCUUCCAGCCCUUCGCGUGCUUCGGCCCCGUCAGGGACAGCUGCUGCGUCAGCCCCUACCCCCAGACCUGCAACGACGGGCAGUACACCAAGCCCGUGACGGAGCCCGGCACGGCCAUCGCGCCCGCGACGGACGGGGGCGACGCAUGUGCCUGUACCACCGACGGCUUCCGCGGCAGCGUGAAUACCUCCCGGAUCGGAUGUGGCCAGUGGGACAUUGUGGCGGGAUCUAACGCCUUUACAUGUUACGUGGAGGUGCGAGAAGGGGUGAUGUGGAAGGCAUUGGUGUUUUGCAGUCAUCGCCGCGUGGCGACAAACCACCGGAAUGUCCGAUCAUGUCGGCAGACACAUCGAGCACGCACCAGCGCACACGAACACGAUCUGCGGGCAUCUGUCCAUGGCAUGUGCCCAACCUUUCAUGGCAAAUCGAAUCUCCUCAACCUCCACGCUCAGGACCCUGCUUCGUGCACGGCUGUGACGACAUCGGAGUCUGCAAGCCUGCCAGGCGCGGCGUAUCGAGCCUGCCCCGCAGAUGAGGCGGUUCUCCCCACCAUUGGCCUACUCCUCACCUCCAGUCCCCAGCUGACCAGCUACAUUGCUGCGCUGCGCACAGCAGGCUUGGGUAACAUCCCGGGGUCCAGCGUCACCGGUAGGCUUUCGGUGACGUGA